AUGGAGGGGUAUUUGGAAAAGCAGAGCUCGGAGAAUCCAAAACUUUGGAAGAAGAGGUGGUUCGUCAUGCAGGAGAGUAAACUAUUCUACUAUAAGUCACAGGGAGACGUCAAGGAGCAGAAACCCACGGACGAUACGUGUUGUGGUGUCAUCUCAAUGGAGAACAUCGAGUCAGUGACGACAGCGAAGGACUUUGGCGUCGCUGCCUUCCAGAUCCGCAUGGAAAGUCGGCGGUACGUCUUACGUGCCGAGUCCAAAGACAUGAUGCACGAAUGGCUAUUUAAUUUCCAGAAAUCAAUCGCGAAUAUCGUUUCUGCCUUGUCACGAAGCCAGGUAUGUGUUCGUCUCUCUUUUAAUGGCAUUGUUUGUGACUAG